AUGUCCGCGUGGAGAAAGGCCGGUUUGACUUACAACAACUACUUGAGCAUUGCCGCACAAACUGUGCGUGCUGCAUUGAAAAACGAGGCACAAACUGCCCAAGUGCUCGGUAGAUCCAAAACUGAAGCAAAGUUCGUGAAGUACGAAGGUGGCAAUGCCGUCUCAGAGCCAGAAGCUUUGAAGAAAUGA